AUGCUGGGGCACCCGGCGGCCGGCGCGGCGGGGCCGCAGCCGCAGCCGCCCAGGCUGGCCCGGAGUGCCAGCCCCGAUGAGAACCAGGAGAACAUCCAGCCUGACAAGCGCGGCGGCGGCGCCGAGCCCGCCCGGACGCGCACUGUGCUGGGCGUGCUGCGGGCCAACGUGCGCCCUCCGGUCCCGGGCCCGGCUCCUGGCCUCGGCCCCGCCGCGGGCCUGGCGCCGCACAAGUCCAAGAAUCGGCGGGUUGCCGCUCCUCUCCGAGAUGUGCCCGUCAAUGAUGACCAGGGCAUCGUCCCACCCUGGAACGCCCCCAGCAAGCAGCCUGCCUUCACCAUUCACGUGGAUGAACCAGAAGGGGAGAAUGAGAAGAAACCUGCCGUCCCCAAGAAGGGGGAGGCUGAGGAUAUGCUGGGUUUCAAUUCAGCCGUUUCACUGCCAGAGAGGAAGCCUUUGGUGCCCCUCGAUUACCCAAUGGAUGGUAGUUUUGAGUCCCCCCUCACGAUGGACAUGUCCGUGGUGCUGGAAGCCGAGGAGAAGCCGCCCAACGUCCACGAAGUCCCCGACUACCACGAGGACAUCUACCUGUACCUCCGGGAGAUGGAGGUCAAGUGCAAGCCCAAGGCGGGCUACAUGAAGAAGCAGCCGGACAUCACCAACAGCAUGAGGGCCAUCCUGGUGGACUGGCUGGUGGAGGUGGGGGAGGAGUACAAGCUCCAGAACGAGACGCUGCACCUGGCCGUCAACUACAUCGACAGGUUCCUGUCCGCCAUGUCGGUGCUGCGGGGGAAGCUGCAGCUGGUGGGCACGGCCGCCAUGCUCCUGGCCUCAAAGUUUGAAGAAAUCUACCCCCCGGAGGUGGCCGAGUUUGUGUACAUCACGGACGACACGUACAACAAAAAGCAGGUCCUGAGAAUGGAGCACCUGGUGCUCAAAGUGCUGGCCUUCGACCUCGCCGCCCCCACCAUCAACCAGUUCCUCACACAGUACUUCCUCCAUCAGCAGCAGGCCAACUCCAAGGUGGAGAGCCUGGCCAUGUUUCUGGGAGAGUUAAGUUUAAUCGACGCCGACCCGUACCUGAAAUAUCUGCCCUCCGUGACGGCAGGAGCCGCCUUCCACAUAGCACUGUACACCAUCACUGGGAAGAGCUGGCCCGAGUCGUUAAUCCAGAAAACAGGCUACACCUUGGAAACCUUGAAGCCGUGUCUCAUGGACCUGCACCAGACCUACCUCAGAGCGCCACAUCACUUGCAGCAGUCUAUACGGGAAAAAUACAAGACGGCCAAGUACCACGGUGUAUCCCUCAUUAACCCUCCAGAGACACUCAACUUAUAGUGGCUGAGAGACUCCGCCGCUGCUCCGGCAGAAGCCGCG